AACACACUCUUCCUUUCUAUCGAUUUUGGCUUUGGAUUGAAACCGCCGGAGCAAAAUCGUAUAACCGUAUUUCACAACAGACGUUCCAAGAACUGGUUGAUUACGAUUAUGACGAAGUUCACCUGACUAUAAUCUGUCAAAGAAUUGUUCAUUUAUUGAACACCGUCCUAUUUGGAGAAUAUCUAGUAGUAGACGAUCAAAUUCGGCUCAUUAAUUUCGUCUACGAAAGAUUCGUUGGAAUCCACACCAACGAGCAGAACAAUUCUGACAACGAGAAUCCAGAAGAAAAUGAUUCCAAUGAGUAUUACUCCGAAACAAUCGAUGCCGAAACGCAGACCGAAGAAAGUGACGAAGAAAGAAGAUCCGAAAGAUCAAUUAAAGAUGGGAAUCUAAUCGAUUUCUUUAGUCCAGAAAACCCACAUACCGACGACGAAGAAGAAAUAAUCUACAUCGAGGAAACAAUUAUCAAUGAAGAUAGUGAUACAAGCCAAACCGACGAAGAACAAGACGACGAACCCGAGCAAAGAGAAAGUCCAUCCCACGAACAAGAAAACAUGACCAACGUUAACGACGUGUUGAACGCCCAAAACAACACCAGACCAAAUGCAUCAAGUGGAUCAGCGAACAAUGGACAAAUAAACAACAAUACUAAUACAGCAUUAUUGAUGCAGAUCCAACAGCUCACCGAUGCACUACAAAACAGAACAGCCACAAACAAUUCUCUCUUGACCACUCACGAAUAUUUGAUUGGCGAGAGAAAAACUAAAACCACUUCACGAUAUGAUCCCCUUGGAAAAAGACCAGCAACCCGAAGUCAGACGAUCGAAGAUGAAAGAAAAAGUGAAGAUCCAAAAAAAGAAAAUCAUGAGAUGGAAGAAGACG